AUGCUUGUGCUAUGUUGUGCUCGUGCAGCAGCAGCAUCUGGAGGGGGAGGGGGAGGUGGAGGGGGUGUAUCAGUGGGAGCCAUCAUCGGCAUUGCCGUUGCUGCUGUGGACAACGAGAGGGCUCUCUAUUUGCCUCCUCGCCCUUCACCCACCACCCCACGAGCAGCCCUGGGCACCAGCCUGGCAGCGGCGCACUGCACGGAGUUCGCCCUGGACGAGAUUCUGCAAAUGGCUGACAAGAACCAUCCCAACAUUGUGCGACUGUUGGGGUUUGCAGUGGGAGGGGACGUGAGCUUUGGUGUGCUCAUGCUUGUGGUGCUCACUGGACGCCCUCCACUCUCUGAGGAUGAUGGGGAGUCCAAGCAGAUUGUGCCAUGGGCGUCCAGCUGCUUGUCAUCAAAUGACACAGAGAGCCUCAAGGAUGCGCGCAUGGACGCCCCGCCCGGGGAUGCGGUGCUGCAUGUGGCUGAGCUGGCUGUGAGCUGCACCGUGGAGCGCACUGCAAGCCGCCCAAGCAUGGCACACAUUGCCACCCAGCUGCAGGCUGUCAUGGAGGAGGUGGCGGGGAAAAAGGAGUUCUGCGCCGCUAUCAAGGUGGAUGCGCAGAUCCAGGAGAUGAAGGACGCUGUUGCGGGUGUGGAAAGUCUGGAGACCCAGCUUAGAAUGAUUGGGGAUCAGCCCUCUGGAUAG